GGGUCGCAACUCACGCCUCCGCACCAAUCUGAAGAUUUCAAGUGGAAAGAUUAUUGUCCCAUGGUUUUCAGGUUUGUAGCAAACUUUUCUAGCAAAUUGGUUUUCAGCUCCUGUAGAAAUCUGAGAGAGAUGUUUAAGAUCGAUGCAGCCGAUUAUAUGAUUUUGAUAAGUGGAAAUGAUGCCUUAAGAGAGCUCUCAUCACCUGGAAAAAUUGGCAGCGUCUUUUUCGUAUAUUAUGUCGAGAUUUUAAUUAUUUACUGUUUGCAAAUUUACAGGUACUGUUGUCCAAUAUGUUCCAAGUCGAUCAUGGACAUGACUGGGACUUGGAAGAGAAUAUAUGAAGAGGUAAAUGCUAUUGGAGCUUAA